UCCGUCUGAACGGUGAUGAGCGCGAGGAGGACUCCCGGUGCUCCGGUAGAGACGUGAUGCUGCAGAGGCAGGUGUAUAUAAAGCUGCACGGCGGUGAGAGGAGGAGACACACAGCUGCAACAUGCCGGUGAGCGGAGCAGGAGUCCACCAGACCUCAUCAGCAUCUCCAUCAGAGGGAAACCAUGCCAACAUGAACUCCCACCAGCAGCAGUCUGAUAACGGAUGCAACCACCAGGGUCCAAACCAGAGCCACAAACCGCAGCAUGCAGGCGGACCUGAGAUGCAGGCCCUGCCCAUGCCAGUCCCAGACCCCCCCAUUCACUACACCAAGUUGUUCAUCAACAACGAGUGGCACGAGUCCUGCAGCGGAGGAAAGAUUCCUGUGUAUGAUCCCGCCACAGGGAAGCUCCUGUGUGAAGUGGAGGAGGCUGACCCAGAAGAUGUGGACAAGGCAGUGAGGAGUGCCAGAGCCGCCUUCCAGAUGGGGUCGCCAUGGCGAUCCAUGGACGCCUCAGACCGAGGUCAACUACUUAACAGACUUGCCGACUUAGUGGAGAGAGACCGGCUACUACUGGCAACACUAGAGGCUCUGGACUCUGGCAAAGUGUUUCUCAUGGCAUACUUUGUAGAUCUGAUGGCCACAAUCAAAACCUUGAGAUAUUAUGGCGGCUGGGCGGACAAGAUUCACGGCAAAACCAUCCCCGUAGAUGGAGAGUAUUUUACUUACACACGACAUGAGCCCAUCGGAGUGUGUGGCCAGAUCAUUCCUUGGAACUUCCCAGUGAUGAUGUUUGCGUGGAAGAUUGCUCCGGCUCUGUGCUGUGGGAACACUGUAGUCAUCAAACCCGCUGAACAGACCCCAUUAUCAGCCCUGCACAUGGCUGCACUCAUCAAAGAGGCUGGGUUUCCUCCAGGAGUUGUGAACGUGGUUCCAGGUUACGGUCAGACAGCAGGCUGCGCCAUUUCCCACCACAUGGACAUCGACAAAGUAGCCUUCACCGGAUCUACUGCUGUUGGGAAACUCAUCCAGAAGGCUGCAGGUGACAGCAACCUGAAAAGAGUUACACUAGAACUCGGUGGGAAAAACCCAAACAUUGUCUUUGCUGACUGUAACUUAGAGUACGCAGUGGAGCAGGCCCACAGCGGCCUGUUCUUUAACCAGGGCCAGUGCUGUCUGGCCGGAUCCAGGGUGUUCGUAGAGGAACCCAUCUACGAGGAGUUUGUCCACCGCAGUGUGGAGAAGGCCAGAGGGAAAGUCCUGGGAAACCCACUGCUGCCAGGGGUUGACCAAGGACCACAGAUUGACCAGAAGCAGUUUGAUAAGAUAAUGGAGCUGAUAGAGAGCGGGAAGAGGGACGGGGCCACGCUGGAGUGUGGGGGGUCGGCGUGGGGUCAGCAGGGACUUUUCAUCCAACCCACCGUCUUCUCAAACGUCACGGACGACAUGCGCAUCGCCAAAGAAGAGAUUUUUGGUCCAGUGCAGCAGAUCAUGUGUUUCCGUAGCAUCCACGAGGUCAUCCAGAGAGCCAACGCCACACACUACGGCCUGGCAGCAGGAGUGUUUACUAAUGACAUCGACAAAGCCCUGACAGUCUCCUCUGCUCUGCAGGCCGGCAUGGUCUGGGUGAACUGCUACAAUGCCAUGAGUGCUCAGUGUCCCUUUGGUGGCUUCAAGAUGUCUGGGAACGGGAGGGAACUGGGGGAAUACGCUCUUCAGGAGUACACAGAGGUCAAGGCGGUCACCAUCAAAAUCUCCCAGAAGAACUCAUAAUACCGUCCCAGGAUUGUCUUUUUAAUUCUCAGCGCUUCAGACACGCAUUUCGCAAUAAUCAUAUUGCACCCGGAUAUUUUGAAGACAUCCCCAAGUCUGUGUCACUCCAUCAACAUUUACUCCUGUCGUAUACCUGUUUUUUCAACUUCUUAUCAAUGUUGUGUCUCUUUCUCUUGAUAUUUCUGUGACAAUACUGACUUUCAUUUAUCUGUGUUCCUCUAGUGCAUCAUUCCCAAAGACUGGGGUCGCGGGAUAUUUAAUUAAAUUUGAAUAAUUUCUUCCAUAGUCUUUUAAGAUUUAUAUCCGCAGUACACCUUUGAGCCACAUGAGGGAGCCUAAAUGUUCUGAUAAUCGUAGCCUACUUAUAACAUUGAAUCUAAUAUGAAAGGCUAGCGUAGCUUGUGAAACACUGCUCUAGUGUUCUUCUAUCUCAGAUGUAUUAUACAGUUUAGUGAACAGCAUGUUGAGUGUCUGUCAUGUGUACGUUAGCUUAAGAGAACCUGUUUCUGUUCAGUGGUAACCACUUAAAUAGCACUUUGCCAGAAAAGAAUUAUUUUAAUAGAUGUCAUACAAAAAGUAGAAAUACAUUAUACAUACUAUUUACAUGGAUUUCCAAAUGAAAUCAAUAAAACUGUCGACCCAUAUUAAGAACCAGUAAACCUUACACGGAUUGCAAUGCAGUAAACAUGUUGUUUUUUUACAUUUUGUUGUAGUACUACUUACAGAUCAAACUGUCUGUUUUUCCACACAGUCCCAACUCAUCUCCACCUCCAAACUGAGACCAUUAUGGGAUGUGACUGUGGAGGCUUUAGUGUGCCAUUGCAUUGA